AUGUUUUCGAUAAGAAGGUAUUUGCGGGUGCCGAAUGAGUUGAAACCCUCUCAGAUAUUUAAACAGGAUUCUCUUUCUCCAAGUAAGAUUGGGCUUCAGAUAGUCCUCCUACAAAUUUUUUAUUAUACUACGGCCACCAUUCUUUUCUACUGCUGGGCCAAACUGGCAGGUUAUGAUCUCGAAAUCAAGGAUUGGCUUUUUUCUUGGAAGAACAUUGAGUUCACGAACGCUUGCGGCCUCUCCCUGUCCCUGUUGUGGCUUUUGGAUUCACUAAUAUGUGUAUUUUUUCUAACAGUUAUCGUUGGUAGAAGUAAGUUAGCAUGGGACUUUGCUAUUACCAUACACGCCAUUAAUUUUAUAGUGGUUUUUUUCUAUACAUGGGAAUUUCCUACCUUUUCUUGGUUUUUUCUUCAAAUUUUAUCCUCCUUAAUACUGAUAUUUUUAGGGACGUGGACGACAAGAUGGAGGGAACUCAGAGAUACUUUUUUUGAAGGAUUAGUUGAUCCCAACGAAGGGGGGAACCAGCUGGUCGCGUCGAGUCAAGAGUAUAAUGAUCGCACAAUAGCCGGCCAAUCACCAAUACAACUCAAGGAUCUAGAGAGCCAAAUAUGA